AUGCCCCUCGAAAGCUGCAUGCUCAUCCUCGACAACAGCGAGUACAUGCGCAAUGGCGACUACCCCCCCACCCGCUUCCAGGCCCAGGCAGAGGCAGUCCAGACCGUGUUCACAGCAAAGACAGACGCAAACCCCGAGUCCGCGGUCGGCCUCAUGACCAUGGCUGGUACUGCCCCCGCGCUCCUCGUCACCCCCACCAACGACCUCGGCCGCCUCCUCCACUCCCUCUCACAAGUCCUCAUCUCCUCCCUCCCCCAACUCUCCACCGCCAUCUCCAUCGCCUCCCUCGCCCUCAAACACCGCGAGAACAAGAACCAGCGCCAACGCAUCGUCGUAUUCGUCUCCUCCCCCUUAUCCGAGACGGCUGAAGAGCUCGUCAAGCUCGGCAAGAGGCUGAGGAAGAAUAACGUCGUGGUCGAUGUGGUUACGUUCGGCGACGAGGGCCGGGAGAACGAUGACAAGCUGCGCGGGUUGGUGGAUGCUGUGGGGAGUGACGAGUCGCAUCUCGUGUCUGUGCCCCCGGGGGAGAGGUUCCUCUCGGACGUGAUCGCGAGCUCGCCGAUUCUGUUUGAUGGUGAGAAUGCGCCUGCGGGUGGUGCGGCUGGUGGGUUUGGAGACGAUCUGGACCCUUCGCUCGACCCGGAACUUGCCAUGGCCAUUCGAAUGUCAUUACAAGAAGCAGAAGCCCAAGCCGCCGCCGCUGCCCCCUCCGCCCCCGCCCCCGCCGAGUCUUCUUCUGCCGGCGGCGCCCAACUCCCACCAUCCAUCACCCAACCCCUCUCCACCUCUGACGACGUCCAAAUGGCCCCCGGCGAUACCCCCACCCCCGGCCUCGCCCGAGCCGAACCCGUCACCCCCACCCCCGCCCAACGCGAAAACGCCGAAAAGGUCCAAUCCGCUCUCUCUGGUACUGCCGCGGCGUCUACCGGUCCUGCCCUUGGCGGCCGAACAGCCGGAGGGAGGCAGGUGGGGGAGGGGGAGGAAGAUGAAGAGCUCGCAGCGGCCCUCCGCCUGAGUAGAGGCGAAGAUGUAGAGAUGGGUGAAGGGGGCGAGGGGGAGGAGGAGGAGGAGGAGGAGGAUGAGGAUGCUGCUAUUGCUAGGGCUAUCGCUAUGAGCUUGGAGCAGGGGGAUAAGAAACAAUAAGGAGGGGUG